AUGGAGGCCCUGGCGACCCAGGAUAAUAUAAAUGACAGUGAAUGCGCAGACCUGGACUUUCCAUCUGGCGAGGCGCAGCUCUUUGAGCUCCAUGUCCUACAGGAGCCCCCUCCCUCUCCACCGAGAGAAGCAGAAAAAUGUGACAGCGACAAAGUGACGCGUUACAUAGCGGAAGUGGAGAAACAGAAUAAAUACCUUCAGGAGAAGGCACACAAAUACAGAUUCCACAUAAUCCCUGACGGCAACUGUCUGUACAGGGCGGUGUGCAAAGCCACCUAUGGAGAGCAGUCUAUGCACAAGGAGCUGAGAGAUCAGACAAUGCACCACAUAGCCGACCACCUGGAUGAGUUUAACCCCAUCGUUGAGGGAGAUGUCGGGGAGUUCUUGAUCAACGCAGCGCAGGACGGCGCCUGGGCGGGCUAUCCGGAGCUUCUGGCGAUGAGUCAGAUGUUGAAUGUGAACAUUUACCUGACCACUGGAGGUAGCUUGGUGAGUCCCACGAUUUCGACCAUGGUGCACUACCUGGGGGAAGAGGACUCGUCCAAACCCGCUGUCUGGUUGAGUUGGCUCAGUAACGGACACUAUGAUGUCCUGCUGGACAGGUGUGUGGCCAACCCAGAGUAUGACGACUGGUUCCGUCAUUCUCAGAUGCAAAGGAAACGGGACGAAGAGCUGGCCAAGUCGAUGGCAGCAUCACUGUCUAAAAUGUACAUCGAACAAAAUGGUCACAUUUGA